AUGUUUGCUUGUACUCGUGUUGUUCUCCAAGGAAUAAUUGAUGACAUAUCUACUACUUAUUCUCAACGUGGAGAUGCUGAUGCAGCUUACUGUUAUCUGAAAUCAUUUGAGUUUGUGUUUAUUCUUCACCUGAUAAAGGAAGUAAUGGGAAAAACUGAAAUACUUUCUCAAGCUCUACAAAAGAAAUCCCAAGAUAUUCUUAAUGCCAUGGAGUUGGUUUCAGCAACAAAGGAGGGUCUAAACUAUUUUAGAAACAAAGGAUGGGAGUCCUUACUUGCACAAGUAAAGUUUUUUUGUGAAAAACAUCAAAUAAAUAUGCCAGAUAUGAAUGCUCCAUAUACUUUUACUCGAUACCGGCCUCGAAAAACAGACAAUCAUGUUACUUUUGAACAUUUUUAUCGAGUGAAUCUGUUUACAGCCACAUUAGACAAACAGUUACAUGAGUUGAAUAGUAGAUUCAAUGAUCGGUCAAUGGAGUUGUUAAGACUUAGUUCUAAUUUAGUUUCUAAAGUGAUUAACGUUGAUCAAAUUUGUCUUCUUGUUGAGAAGUAUUAUCCUGAAGAUUUUACGGAGCAAGAGAUGAUUCAAUUACGAUAUCAAUUGGAGAUUUUUAAUAUUGAUAUCACAAAGAAUCCCAGACUAAGUGGUGUAUCAACUAUUGUUGACCUAUGCAAGCGUCUUGUGGAAACUCAGAAACGUGAGACAUACUAUUUGCUUGAUAGAGUGGUUCGGCUAAUCUUGACACUUCCAGUUUCUACCGCAACAGCAGAGAGAGGAUUUUCAACAAUGAAAAUAUUCAAGAACCGUUUUCGCAAUAAGAUGUCGGAUGAUUUUCUCGCAAACAACUUGGUGAUUUACAUAGAAAGAGAAAUUGCCGAAAACAUUGAUUCAAAAUCUGUAAUUUAUGAAUUUACAGACAUUAAAGGUCGUCGGACUGAGUUGUAA